UUCGAGACUCGAGCCCCAGCUGACGUCUCACGUUCUUAAUGUAAAAAAAGUUGUUACCCACGGAGUCCAAAAUAAAAAAGUUUUGUAGUGAACUGUCGGCUAACGAAUUGAAAACGAAACCGCAGCAGGGAUUGGAGGAAAUUUGGAUUUUAAAUUUGUCUUAAAAUGAGCAAAUAUACAGCAAAGCAUUUGGAAGAAAAACUAGCCGAUAAUCUGGGAGCGCUAUAUGUAAAGGCGAUUGACGAAUCAGACGGUUGUGGCGGUAAAUUCAGCGUUACGAUUGUUUCAGAGGCAUUCCGUGGUAAGACAUUGCUGCAGAAGCAUCGCCUAGUGAACAGUGCGCUUGCGGACGAGCUAAAGGAGAUACACGCAUUCUCACAAAAAUCGUACACACCCGAAGAGUGGGAGAAAGUGCAGCAAACAGUGCAAUAAAAAUAAAG